ACUGAUUGAUAUACAUAUAUGUAUAAAUACGUGCGAGUUUGUUGUGCAAGUCACAAGUUUCUAACCACCGAUCCAAUCACUUUUGUAUGAAAUGGAGGAAGAUCCGUGCAUGCACUUUGACAUGGGUCACACCAUGAUGUCUACGUCUUUCCAUUUUGGUUACUGCGAAAAUGUGUUAUUCGACACUUGGAAAAUCCGAAACGAGGGCAGUUUGGUGGGAUCCAUGUUUGGAAUUAUGGCAAUGGCAAUUUUGUAUGAAGGGCUCAAAUCUCUCAGGGAGCAUCUUUUUUGGAAAGAGAGUUUGAAGAAGGUUGAAAAUCUGACGCCAAUAAGAAAACUGAUCUUUGGCUCUCCUCACUUGGUGCAGACUGGUUUACACGUAGUUCAGGUAAUGCUGAGCUACUUUCUGAUGCUGAUCGUGAUGUAUUACAACGCGUGGCUCUUUAUUUCCGUCGUCUGUGGCUCGACAAUCGGCUAUUACGUUUUCGGCUGGAGAAAACUCAAUAUGCUGCAGCAGGAAUCGUCGCGAGCAAAAUGCAAUUGCAAGGAAAAAAGCUAAAUUGAUGAGAGUCAUUUGAUGAUAUUGCAGCUUGAUCAUGCAUGAUAUUAUUUUUUUUCCCUGAAAGUAUUAAUUAAUUAAGUCAUUCUAUUGGUAAAUACACCUUGUAUAUAAAAAACAAUAUAAUUAAAGAAUUGAAAAAUUGUGUUUUAAAUAAAUGUUUUAAUUUAAAGUCAACGGUAACUGAUGCAAAAGCUAGCUACAAUUUCUACGUUCAAUUAAAAGAGCAAAAAUAAUAACUUGUAACCACCAUGUAAAUCGUGGAAAGUUAAAUACUACUUCAGUUUGUUUUGUCUCUUGUACUAUUUAAAAAGUUUUAAGAGUUUUUGAAAUUUUAAAUCAAGGAUUUCCUCCUUUUUUUCCUUAAUAUGCCGUCAUUAUUUUUUACUUAUUUAUUAUUAUUUUUUUUUUUUGGUAAAAUCUGAAAAAUAUAAUUAUGCUUGCAGACUUUUCCAUUUUCAACUUGUACCUUUUUAAUUAGUCAAGAUUCAAUAAAUUUGCCAUUCAUCAAACA